GCAACGAUUACAGAACCGAAAAGCGGCGUCAAAAAUUAAGAUUUUUUGUAGGUACUAAAAAUUAACGUGAUUUUGAUGUGUGUGUGGGGGGGGGGGAGGAUUAUAAUCUUAAACCUUACCAUUUACCAUCAACGGGAAGGGGGGGUUAAAAUAAAAUAUAAUCUUUGGAAUUUGCAAUGCAAGAAAACAAUUUUAAUCGCCUAUAAAAAGCGAGUUGUCAAUCCGGAGGUCAACUAGCUCUCUAAAGGUGGGUGAUUUUUAUAGGAAUUAGUUUAGGGUAUUUUUUUCAAAAAUAUGCUUAAUCUAGGGUAAACCGAGACAAAGUCUAGGGUAAGGCAAAAAAAUGACCUGGUAACACUGUUCAUAUUUGCAGUUAGGCCAGUUAGGCACAUGUUUAUUGCUAUAUAAUCUGUGAUCUGUGGUUUGCAUGCUUGACACGAGUGCUUGUUAUGUUUGUUUUCUUUGAUUUUUUUUAAAUUUUCAAAACAUUAUUUUGUUCGAAAUUUGAAUUCCAAUUUCAAAAUUUGUUUUAUUUUUUAGAAGUUUCAAAUACACUUUAUUUAACAUUUUCAUUAAUGAAUGUUUUGAUCUUCAUUACUAACUGCUAACAUUAGUGAAAAAUUGACAUGGCCGGUUCCAGUGAAUUUGAAAUCUUAGACGAAGAAGUUAGAGAACUUUUACAAAACUAUAAACACAAAAGGGCAACCGUGUAUGAACCAUGUACUCUAAAUAACAUAAAAGAAUGCUUAAUUGGUUUAAAUGAGGAACUGGGAAUUUUCAACAUAAACUAUUUGUUUAAUCCAUAUGUAGACUACAAUAGUAGUACUUUAACACCUGAAGCGCUGGUAAAACUUAUAAAUUCAACAUGGACUUUGUUGCAUUAUCAUAAAAAUUUGAAGGAGAAAGUUGAUAUGUUAUCAGAGCAAAAUCAUGUCCUAGAACACAAUAAUAAACAUCUCAAUGGUAUGCUUGGCAAAUUUAAAGAAAAAUUGACAGUGGAGAAAAAUGAAGCAAGAGCUUGUGUGGCAUCAGCUCAAAGAGUCUCUGACCAAUCUGAAGGAUUCCUUCAAACAUUGACUGAAACAAAAGCAAAACUUUUCAAAGUUACAAAACAAAAAGAUGCAUUAGAAAAAAGUUUACGAAAUGAAAUUGCAAGACUAAAGCAGGACAAUGACAAAUUACUUGACCGGUUAAGAAAUAAAUCACACAUUCAUGUGUCUUGCAGCGAAGUAUGUGAUUCAACACUAUUGCGUCUGAAGGAGAGGGACCGAAAGCAUGUGGCGGUCAUUUCACAGCUCCAAAACAACAACCGGGAGCUGCUACGAGAAGUGUUAGCUCUCAAAGAGGAAAUUAUACUCGGUGGACUUGACAGAGUCGACUUGGAAAAUAGGAAACCUUAGGUUUUCAAUGGGUUAGUUGGUAGGAUGGCUUUUGUUACCCGUUUCAGUAUUUUCGUGUUGCCAAAUCGUUAAUAAAUUAAAGUGUACACUGUUCAUGUUAAGUUUGUGUGGUUAAAUGAUUGUUGGUAUUAUAGUUUGAGUAGAAUGUAUGUACCUAUGUUAUAAAAUUGUAUGUAAGGAAGAAGUAUCAUGGAUGUAAAAUCCAGGCGCAAAAGCUUGUCAGGCUGUAGUUUGACUAUAAGAGCAUUAAUUGAAUUCAAUCACAGUUGUAUUAAGUUCACUUGGUACAUGGUUUACACUUGCCUUUUACAUAGAUGACACCACUCAGGAAACACAACAACCGAAAACGUUCUAACAUAUAUUAGCCUCGCUCUAAUAUGUAUUCUAAUAAGCGUAAACAAUAAUAGAACCGUACAAUAAAACAUACAAUAUGGUGCCAAACAUAUAAAGUUUUUAAUUAAAGUAGCCUAUAUGUUAAUUCAGGUUUAGAAUUAUUCGUAUACCAAAUUUCGAGAUUCCUUAAUGAAACAUAAAAAAAAUCAUCCGGUUCU